AGGAUGCAGCCGCUGAGCAGGUCCACUCCUUUCAGGAGCCAAGGGGAGGCGUGAUUGGCCGCUGGCCUUAUCUGGGUGGAGCUGUAGGAGGGAUAAUACUUCAUUGGCACAUUCUGCAAGGCCCCUCCCACCUCACUGACGCUCUGCCCUUGGCCCCUGUUAGCUGCCUGUGUAUCUGGGAAUGCUGUUGUUGCAUCAGAGGGGCAGUAUUGGAGAUUGCCGAACUCAGGGGCUAAGGUCAGGGUCAAGAUUCAAGGGUCAACACAACUCAGAAGCUGCAGGGGUGGAUGUGGAAGGACCUGAAGCCAAGCUGCACCCACCAACAGGCAUGUAGAAGCUGUACGCACUUUGGAAAUCAGCUUGUCCUAACUCCACAACUGACCCCUGGAGACUAAUGAUCAAUGAGACGGGAAGCUUACUUUCACUUUUACAUCCUUGUUGCACUUGUUUAGACAUUCUAGAACUCUCUGGAACUUGUGUCUUUAUAAUUUAACACUGCACAACUUCCCCUGAAACAAUAACCCAGCACAAAUAAAGUCACUAUGCGUCACAUCCACGUGGAACUGGCUCGUAAAGAGCCAGCUGUUGAGCUUCCAGCCCAGGACGGUCUACCUCUCCCUAGCACUCGGAGCGAGACCCCUGAAUCUGAAGUACGGCGAGUCGUUCCCAGACCUUUUGGAGAAGAAGAGAUCAGGCUUCAAAAGGUCUACCAGCUAUCCAUCCUCUCCCAAAGAGGUGGUUUUAGUGAAAAUCAAGAGACUCUUCGGCCUAAUCGAGUAGGUAUGAAACGUAGCCUGGAGGGGACGUCGGUACCUGUCACACACAAGCGUCUUUUCCAACAGGAUGAGGAUGAGGAUGAUGAUGACUCCAAUGGGGAGGUGCUGUGUGGGUCUGGGGUGGAACCACUUUUUUCUAACUCGCUCCUUGAGCACAGAGACUCAGAAAUCCCUAGGUCACCUCCCCUUUCCCCUUCGCAUCUACUGAUUCCUGGUCGCCGCCCAGCCCAGCACAACCACGACAGACCCAUCCCAGAUGCCUUCGCCCCGCUGUCCCCAAAAUCUCCCCCUAUGGUGGACCCACAAGGCACUCACUCCAACUGGGGCCUCUGUGAAGGGAGUCCUCCUACUCUUACUCCCAGAACCGAGGCCUCCACAGCAGGAAAUGUCCUGGCUGGCUCCAGCGAAGGAGCACGGGACGAAGGCCAUACCUCUGUCGACGUCAAGGGCAUGUUGUGCACCACAGAGAGCAGUUGGGCACCUGUCCCAUUUUCAACACCAGCUGAAGCUGUCGAAUGGCGGACAACUUUUGAAUCUUCUCCUCCACCAUCAGAGAGGAAGACCUCCUGCUCCUCCUCUUCUUCCUCCUCUAACGGACUGAGCUCUCUUGAGAAAACACCAGUGGAAGCAAAUGGCCUGACAUCAGGAUCAUCCAAUUCCUGCCCAGUGAAGAAAAGACUUCUCUCCUCCAGUGAUACAGGAGAGUCCUGCUCAGAAGAUGAGGGUCCAUCUACAUCAAAACGAAGUCGACUGGCAAUGCUGGCACCAGGACUCGGAUUAGCAUCCUGUCGCAGCACUGAUGCCAAGGGUGCACCCUUCUGGAACCAUCUACUACCCUCAGCAAGGGAGCACACCAAGACUGCUACAGACUGUUCACGAUCAGGGAGAAGACUCAAAGUGGGGAGUCGACUCAAAUCUCGACAGUUACGCAGUGGACGCCGAACAGACACCAGUCGCUCCUGUAGUUCAAUUUCCUCUUUAUCCUCCAUUAGCAGACCUCUUCUUGGCAACUUUGAGGAGUCGAUUCUGAAGGGUCGUUUUACUCCAUCUGGGCGGAUAGAGGGCUUCACAGCAGAGAUCGGGGCUAGCGGCUCCUAUUGCCCGCAACAUGCCACCUUACCUGUGCAAGUGACGUAUUAUGACACCUCCGAGCACAGCGCCCCUUCUCCCUUCCUGGGGGUGAUCUUGCUAGAACCACUUGGGAAAGGAUACAGCGUGCCCAAAGCAGGGACCAUUCAAGUGACCUUAUUUAACCCUAAUAAGACUGUGGUUUAAAUGUUUUUGGUGACGUAUAAUUUUGGGGACAUGCCCGUUAAUCACAUGACCUUCUUGCGCCAUCGUAUCUUCCUGGUGCCUGUUAAUGAGGCGGAGGGGAAGGAGGGCUCCUUGUCUGACAGGAAGAAGAUUCUCUGCUACUUGAUACACCUCAGAUUCCAGAGUUCCAAAUCUGGGAAAAUCUACUUGCACAAUGAUAUCCGGCUGCUAUUCUCCCGCAAGUCCAUCGAGGUGGACACUGGGAUUCCUUACGAGCUGAAAUCUUUCACCGAGGUGCCAAGAAACCCCAAAUACUCCCCCAGAGUGUGAGAUCGUCAUGCCCUGCUGCAGUGGGGCAGAAGGACUCAAUUAAAUAAGAUUGCAAGACAAGAGACCCCUAUACACUUGAACACAUACACACUUGCACUCAUACAUGCAUACGCAGACAGAUGUAUGUACAUGCACACAGAUAUCACACCCUUUCAAGGGCAAACUCUAGAACUGAGUGUGUAACAUGCAUGCCUUGUGACUAAACUGAGUUUUCCUCUAGUGCCGUUAAACAGUUAAGCUUUGCCCUUCACUCUGCCUGCACCUGCCUACUGUGGACCAGUUGUAACCAUGCCCACCAACCCGAUCUAUUCUAAAAUGUUGGUGACCAUCAGUAGAUCCAGCCUUCCUUGAUUAAAGAGGACUGAUUGAACAUACAAAGAGGUGUUGAAUGAGACCAACAGAAAUGUAUGGAGGCGAAGCAAAUGGAAAAAAGAGACUUCUGAGGCCCAGACUGGAGUUUCAACAAUGGACACCACCUGUAACUUGCCCAUUGGUGGGGCUAAGAAAGUUCUAGAAAGAAAGACACCAACAGAACAGAGGACUGAAAGUACAUCCAUUUGGUAUCGGCAUUGUGUUCGUAAAGCAUGGGUCGUAAAGAGGAGAAUAGCUCAUUAUUUUGGACAUUUUCUCUUUUUGGACGGCAGUUUGGAGGACAUUGCUGUUUCAACUUCAUCUAAACAGUCCAAGAUCAGAGCAGAAAACAAACCGUAGUAUUUAUGUUCGCAAAUGUC